AUGAAUAUCCCAUGUUGGGACCGUUCAAAUCCACUUCCUUUGGUCGCCUUUUUGUACUGGGUACGUGAUAUGUACAAUAUCCUUUAUUUAUCGCACCUACCCUCCUUUACCAUGUUCUUCCAUGUUUUCACUGUGAUUUAUUUCUCUCCGUUUCGCGUUGCAGGUUGGAGGAUGAAGAGAGAUGGCACUGAUUUCCAAAAAGGUCACUGUCCGUCGUGGGAAGCUUCAGGCAAGACGUCAGCCUUUCAAGAGACUGAUGUUGAGACUGUGAUCUCGGUUCUUCACAUCUUCAUCCUUCUUCCCACUGAUAUCAUUUCAAAGCUUUCCAUAGGUAGCUUCAGAUUCGAGAUCUGUGCUAUGACUGAAACAUUCUGGGCCAUAGCCGGGCUCAGUUCAUUAUCUACCAUCAACAAGCUUGUACUGGAUCAAAGAUAUAUCUGUAUAACGUAG